UCUUUAUUUUCAGGUUUAAAAUGGGCCGGUACGCUCGGGAACCUGAGAAUGCAGCGAAAUCUUGUAAAGCUAGAGGCUCAAAUUUGAGAGUCCACUUCAAGAACACAUGUGAGACGGCAAAUGCUAUUAGAAAAAUGCCUCUCAAAAGGGCAGUAUCGUACUUGAAGAAUGUUGUUGUUCAAAAGGAAUGUAUUCCUUUCAGAAGAUUCAAUGGUGGUGUGGGUCGUUGUGCUCAAGCCAAACAGUUCGGUACCACACAGGGUAGGUGGCCGAAAAAGUCUGCAGAGUUUCUCUUGCAACUCCUUAGAAAUGCAGAAAGUAAUGCUGAUUACAGUGGACUUGAUGUAGACAGGCUAGUGGUAGAACACAUUCAAGUGAAUAGGGCUGCUUGUCUGAGACGUCGAACGUACAGAGCCCAUGGUAGAAUUAACCCAUACAUGUCUUCUCCCUGUCAUAUUGAACUCUGGCUAACUGAAGGCGAAUCUACCCCUGAUCUUCCCAAGAAAACCAAUAAAAAGAAGACAGCAGUGGAUAAGAAGAGGCCUAAGGCCUCUGCUGCUGCAGUAGCGCAUUGAUUUUCCAAUUUUAUUUUUUAUUUUAGGACGCUACAAUAAUUUAUUCCCAAAAGUUUUUUGAGACUUUCUGAAUAAAUUACUAUUAUUAAA